UGCCUUUCUCCUCCCUCAGCAGUCAGUCCGGGUACAUGGCGACUGCGGCAAAGAUCAGGAGACAAGACGUAGAACAGACUGGGAGGAAGAGCGAAGCCUCCUUUGUUUUACGCUUGUGUUUCCAUCACUCCAUAUUAUGAACCUGCCCAGACCAGUUUUCAGAAUAUAAAAUGGAUAGCAGCUUCGAUUGUGAUUGUGGUGAGCUGGAGCCACCUGAUCAUUAACAACGUUCUUCUAUAAUAUAAGUUCUGUCACAGUUUCCUCUUCGAAUGCACUGCACCUAAAAGUAAAACAAAAUCAGAAUAAAAUAAUUUAUGGUGCUUACCAGCUCCAUAUGUCGCUGCUCAGGACAAGUUUAACACUGAAUGUAUCUGCACUGUGAGGAGGAUGUUGAUAAAAGCCCAUUUUGGCAUAUUUAUUCACAUUUUUGUUAAAUGUUAAUCUGUUUUGCACACUAGAGCCGAGUGCAUAGUAUGUCAUUUCAUUCCGUUUCCGUUCCUGUGAGUGUUUUCUUUAAGGUCUUCUGGAAUGCUGCAUCUCUUAAGAAUACUGUAAUUUUUCUAGUCAAUAUUCCUGAGUGUAGGGUCCUUGCUUGUGAGAGACACCAGGCUUGGCAGGCUGGUAUGCAAUCAAAAUAAAAGGAGUCAAUUCUAAGUAAGAGCAUUUUUUUAUUAUUAUUUAGUCACCAGCAGUGGUUGCUCAAAUAUUUGGUAUAGGCUAAAAGGUUGAGAUAAAGAAAGUAGUAACCAACAAAAUGGCAGAAAAGUUUGAAAGUCUCAUGAACAUUCACGGCUUUGAUUUGGGAUCUCGCUAUAUGGACCUUAAACCCCUUGGCUAUGGUGGUAACGGGUUAGUUUUUUCUGCCGUUGACAACGACUGUGAUAAGCGAGUUGCCGUGAAGAAAAUUGUUUUGACAGAUCCCCAGAGUGUUAAACAUGCCCUGCGUGAAAUCAAAAUUAUCCGAAGACUUGACCACGACAACAUUGUGAAAGUAUUUGAAAUUCUUGGCCCUAAUGGAUGUCAGUUAACGGAUGAGGUGACCUCCCUAACUGAGCUAAACUGUGUUUACAUAGUACAGGAAUACAUGGAGACUGAUCUCUCGAAAUUGCUUGAGCAAGGCCCAUUACGUGAAGAACAUGCUCGGCUUUUCAUGUACCAGCUGUUACGUGGUCUCAAAUAUAUUCAUUCAGCUAAUGUGCUACACAGAGAUCUCAAACCAGCAAACCUAUUUAUAAAUACCGAAGAUUUGGUGGUAAAGAUUGGAGACUUUGGUCUUGCUCGUAUCAUGGAUCCUCAUUAUUCUCAUAAGGGUCAUCUAUCUGAAGGACUUGUUACCAAAUGGUACAGAUCUCCACGUCUUUUACUUUCCCCCAACAAUUACACAAAAGCAAUUGACAUGUGGGCGGCAGGGUGCAUUUUUGCCGAGAUGCUGACUGGAAAAACACUGUUUGCAGGUGCACAUGAGCUUGAACAGAUGCAGCUUAUUUUAGAAUCAAUACCUGUUGUUCAUGAAGAAGACCGUCAGGAACUUCUCAGUGUAAUCCCAGUUUACAUCAAAAAUGACAUGUCGGAGCCACAUAAGCCUUUAACACAAUUACUUCCUGGCAUUAGUUCUGAAGCUCUGGAUUUCUUAGAACAAAUUCUGACGUUUAGCCCUAUGGACAGGCUAACUGCAGAAGAAGCCCUAUCCCACCCAUAUAUGAGUAUCUAUUCUUAUCCCAUGGAUGAGCCAAUUUCCAACCAUCCGUUUCAUAUUGAAGAUGAGGUAGACGAUAUAUUAUUGAUGGAUGACAGUCAUAGCCACAUUUAUAACUGGGAAAGGUAUCACGAAAGUCAAUUAUCAGAUCAUGAUUUGCCUAUCCAUAAUAAUUUUGAAUCUGAUGAGGUCCAGCGAGAUCCAAGGGCUUUGUCUGAUGGUAGUGAUGAGGAAGAAGUACUAGUUGAUCCACGCAAAUAUCUGGAUGGAGACAGAGAGAAGUAUAUGGAAGAUCCUGCAUUUGACCCUCACUUUUCUACAGAGCCUUGCUGGCAAUAUCCAGACCACCAUGAAAACAAAUAUUGUGAUCUGGAAUGUAGUCACACUUGUAACUAUAAAAUGCGAUCAACAUCUUACCUAGAUAACUUAGUUUGGAGGGAGAGUGAAGUUAACCAUUAUUAUGAGCCAAAACUUAUCAUAAAUCUUUCUAACUGGAAGGAGCAAAGCAAGGAUAAAGUAGAUAAAAAGGGCAAGUCUAAAUGUGAAAGAAAUGGCUUAGUGAAAGCUCAGAUAGCUCUAGCAGAAGCGUCUCAACAGCUGGUUGAGAAAGAAAGGGAAAAGCACCAAGGAUUUGACUUUGAUUCAUUUAUAGCAGGUACCAUUCAGCUUAGUUUGCAACAUGAGUCAAAUAAUGUUGACAAACUUAAUGACUUGAAUAGCUCUGUGUCACAACUUGAAUUGAAAUCUUUAAUCUCAAAGUCUGUAAGCCUAGAAAAACAGGAGAAAGGAAUGGCCAACUUAGCACAAUUAGGUGUCCGAAACCAAAGUUCUUGGGACAGUCAACUUGUAAGUGGGGACGACUGCUUCCUAAUAGAUCAGUUUUGUUGUGAAGUAAGGAAAGAUGAUCAUGUUGAGAAGGAAAACACUUACACAAGUUACCUAGAUAAUUUUUUUAGCAGGAAAGUAGAGUCAGAUGUGUUAGAAACUGAGCCAUUAGAUGAUGGAAAGGUUAUUGGUAAAGAACAGGAAGGCCUAUUGAAUUUUAAUGGUGACAUAAUGCUUAAUAAGCAAUUGGAUUGCAUAGAUAUUCCUCAGUUUCACAAUCCUGUUGACUCACCACUUAAAGCAAUUCAACCCUUACUGGCACCCGCUACAAUUAAAUCUCCUCAAGUUCCACAUAAAACCUACAGCAGCAUUCUUAAACAUCUGAAUUAAAACGCUCACCAUUUCUUCAUUUUUUUAAAAUUUUUAUUAUUUCAUCGUGUUUAUUUUUUUAACUUGAAUUGUAAUUUUAGUAUUUAAUUCAGUUUUCAUUUUUAGUUUUGUUUACCAUUGUUUUUACAAUCUUGAAUUAAUUUCUACACAUUAAUUUUAAACUGGCAUGGCAUUUGCACAUAAUAAAUUAAAAAAAAAAGUAAAUAAAAGUAUAUCUACAACAAAAUAAUGCAGUGCAGGUGGAGACAGGUAAUGCACUAAAUGAAGUAUAAUAGAGCCAUUUUGUUCAGCAUAUUAUCUUGCCUUGAUAUUAACACAGUGAGUCACCUUCACAUAAUUGCAUUGAAUUGUCAGUUUCCUUUUCCUUCUAAUAUACCCAUUUGUGAACAUGUUUCAUAAUAUUUUUUUUUUCUCAUAUCCAUUUCUUAAAACACAUGAUACCAGCAGCAACUGAAGAAUGCAUUUGCUGGUACGCAUGUGUUAUCUACCUCAAGGUAACGACAGUAUGUGGCCAACCAUUAGCCACUUCUAGUGCAAUUCAUCAUGCACCUGUUACGCCAGCAUUAUUGUAGUAGCUUUUCCUAAAUGAGUGAAAAUGCAAAAAUAUAUUUGUAAAUGUUCUGGAAUGCAUCUUAUGUAGUGAAGUGUUAAUAUGCAGUAUUUUAUUUAUUAUCAUUUAGAAAUGUCUUUAUAAAAGUCUAUCAAUGUUUCUGAAAUGCAUUUACAACUGUUUAGAUCUAUAGUUACUAUUUGUCUUUUAUUUAACAUCUGCAUAUUACUAGGCUUACUGCCUAGACUUCGCUCUGCUCGCCCCCAUGUCUUCAUUUCAAGGAAAAUGUUCACUGUGUAUAGGAAUUUGCAAUUUCAAAGUGCUUGACCGAACUCUAUGGAAAAAAAUAGGAACAGCUUUAUUUUAAUGUCUAAACUUUUUUAUUUUAUUUUAAUUUUAUAAAGCUAAAAUAGAGUGCAUGGGAGUAAUAGUGGUACAAAAAUACUGUAAGUUAAGAUUUGUCUUUCUUUUAGCUUUUGCUGUAUGUUUUUACUGAAUCAUUUUUGUUUCAAGCUUGCAUGAAAAAAAUAUAGCAUGUAGUAUUCUGAAUUCUCUGGAAACUUGAUUUGCCUUUGAAUUUUGCAUACUAUUUAUGUACAAUUGGUUCCCAUAUUUAAGAAACAAAAUAAACCUGGCCAGCAAGAUUUGGAUUGUCUUAGUAUUUCGGAAAUUUGUAUUAAUCAUUUAGAAACUGUAAAACAAUUACACUUUUUAGGAGCUUUCUCAUUAUUCUAACACUGUGGUUUGACAUUUUCCAUGUUAAAGGCACAUUUUAGGGAAUAAUAUAAAGCUGUGCUAGACCAUUUUUUUUAUUAAAUGAAUACUUGUGAACUGUUUAACAUCUGUAAAUGGGUUAAACAGUUAAAUGUCUUGUUUAGUGUCUUCUAGCUUUGAAGUAAAUGGUAUGUGCCAUCCAUAGGGUCUAAUCCAGUGUUCCCUUUUUUUUAAGUUUGAACCCAACCCAAAUUGCGUUAGCGUUCCAUAACACAUGUAUCUUAUGUUUUCAUUGCAUUUGUUCUUCUAAAACACCCCUAUACAUUGCAUAGAGAGAGGUUGAUACUGGUACAUCAACCAAUGUGAAAAUUCCCUUCUGCCAGCUUUUCAUAAGAUUUGUGGACAUUUUUACCUUCUACACUUUGGACCUAAAGAAAAACAGUUUUGAAAGAAUAAAAUGAACCACUCCAAUUUGAAA